GCUCAUGAUUUUCAAAUAACCGAAACUUCUAACCCGAUCACUCAACAGCAAAAAGACGCAAUUCGUGAUUGCGUUGCAAUGAACAGAAAAGACUCGUCGUGUUCGUGUUCGUCCGAGAUUGUGCGUACUUAUUACUGGCAGCGUCGCCAAGCAGCAUUUAACAGCUUGCUCGUCCUUUUUUGACAACGACUUGGAACUGCAUACAGAUACAACAGAGACAUUUUUUUAGUAUCCGAAGGCAGAGAGAGAAAGAGAGCACUAGUAGCACAAGCAGUAAAACAGCUUUUACGACAUCUCGCUCUGUGGAUUUAAAUACUUGUUUGCCUUUUUACCCUUUGCGCUUGCGCCUCGACAAAUAAGCAUGACGGUCGUCCCCGCUUCCAGCGCGGCUCCUACUCUGGCUGCCGUUGCAGCAGCUUCCGGGGCAAAGUGCCACAUACAGCUUGGUUAUUGGAAGAUCCGCGGUUUAGGAUCUAACCUAAAGUAUCAGCUGGCCUACUCCAAUGUACCCUAUAAAAUGAUCGAAUACGAACAGGGAGAUGAGUCUACAGGGUUCUCAAAGCAGUGCUGGUUCGAUGUGAAAUGGAAUAUGGGCAUGUCCUUUCCGAAUCUGCCGUAUUUGCAAGUCGUUUCGGAAGGAGGCGACGGUGCAUCGGAAAAAUUAAGGAGGGUGAACAAUGUGAGAGCAUCGUUAAAAGUCGACUUCCAUCCGAGCAGCUAUUGAUAUGAGGGUCAUAACAUGAGUCAACAUACAACACUGAGUAGCUUUCAAGACUAAUCUACUAUACUUCUUCUAAUCACAACCAGCACGUUCAAGAUUUCGGAGACACAGGCGAUUCACCAGUACCUCGCGGCUAAAUUUGCCCCUCACUUACUCGGACAGACUCCCGAGGAAGCUGCCGAACUCAACGAACUAUUUGGCGUAUUGGAAGCGGUGAAAAACACCUGCACUGGAGUCUGCUAUCGCGCAGGUGCGGCGAGGGAGACUAUAAUGGAGAAUUGUGAACCAGGUUUCAAAAGGAUGGAAGACUUCCUGAAGAGUGAAAGUGCUGGGAGUGGAGGAUCUAGUGCUAGAGACUUUCUCACAGGUCUAGAACCAAAGUGGAUUGAUUUCUACUUCCUAGAACUACUAGAAAGGUUCAACUGGUUACUCGAUGACCAGUUGGCGCAGAAAUACCCUGUCCUGGGUGCUUACCGUGCACGUGUGGCAUCUCUGAACGGUGUCGCUAAGCAAUUGGAAGCAGAAUUGGCAUUAACCUUCAAUAACAAGCACGCGCCGCUCAAUGGGAAGGCGUUUCCUUUGAAAUAAGAUAUGGCGUGAGCAUGUGAGAGUGAGGCACAACGAAGUAAGUAUUUGAAUGUGGCCGACCACGAAGUUGAUCAUGAUGAUCUUUACGCUUGACUUCUUUGAAAUAAGAUAUGGCGUGAGCAUGUGAGAGUGAGGCACAACUAAGUAAGUAUUUGAAUGUGGCCGACCACGAAGUUGAUCAUGAUGAUCUUUACGCUUGACUUUUUUAAAGACAAGAACAUGUUAAGAAAAAAGUAUCAUUAAUAAUCUUGCUGCGCCUAGUUGUUCUGCUCGGUGAUCGCUGAAACACACAGACAGUCAACAACAUAAACAUAAGCCCUACUUCACGGCCUGGGCUCUGGACACCGACACACGCACAGACAGCACACUAUCAGUGUCAACUGUCCCGUAACACUACAUGGUC